AGCAAAUGAACAAAAAAUAGAAGAUACCCAGAAACCAAACCCUCCUUCUUCUUCUGCUGCUAGUGCUGGUGCUGGUGAAGAGAGUGAUCAUGGUGGAGAAGAAGAUAAGCCUCUCAACCUCCAUGAAUGCAAAAAUAAUUGGUUCAGGGAAAGAGUCUGUGGUUUUAGCUCAUGGGUAUGGAGGAGAUCAAUCGGUUUGGGAGAAAAUCCUUCCAGACUUGGCUAAACGUUAUCGUGUUCUUGUCUUUGAUUGGAGUUUCUCAGGUUCUGCGAAGGAUCUGAGCUUCUUCGAUUCUGAAAAAUAUUCUUCCUUCGAUGCCUUCGCUAAUGACCUUAUUGCUCUCAUGGAUGAGAUCAACUUCACUUCUUCUGUCCUUAUCGGUCACUCCAUGUCUGGUAUGAUUGGAUGCAUUGCCUCCAUUAAAAGACCAGAUCUCUUCAAGAAGCUUAUACUCCUUGUAGCUUCUCCCAGGUACUUGAACACAGAAGGCUAUGAAGGAGGAUUCGAGAAAUCAGAGGUGGAGCAACUGCUCUUAAACAUGGAAUCCAAUUAUGAGGCAUGGGCGCCAGGCUUCGCUGGGCUUGUGGUGGAUGCAAGGGACCUUGUUUCUGUGGACAAGUUUGGUAGAUUGUUGGGAAGAAUGAGGCCUGAAGUGGCACUCUCAGUGGCCAAAAUCAUCUUCUACUGUGACCAGAGAGAUGUUCUUGAGAAAGUUAAUGUCCCAUGCACCAUAAUUCAGACCAGAAACGAUGUUGUCGUUCCUGUAUCUGUUGCAGAGUAUAUGCAGAAGAAGAUUAAAGGGAAGACGACUGUGGAGAUCAUGGAAGUUGAUGGGCAUUUUCCUCAGCUUACAUCCCAUGAGUUGUUCCUUGAUGUUCUUGACAGGGUCUUGGGUUGUGAUUAUGAAGAUAAAAACCUGUAAUGACAAUACAAAUGAAGACACAGUAUAGAGAGAGAGGGACAAUAUAACUGGUUGUGUAGGGUUGUGGCAGGGAUUUCCUUAGGUUUCAUGGUUUCUUUCCAUCACUGUUGUAGCUGAUUUCACUCCCAUCUGGUUUUAAAAUCUAGCUAGGACUGUGAAUUCUUGUUGUGAUUCUUGUUGGUGAUUAUCAAAGCCUAGAAACAAGUUGAGUGGUUCUCAUUCAA